AUGUUUAUUGAUGAAAUGAAUCUUCUUGUUUGUCUUGCUUGUGAUAUUUUGAAAGAAUUUAUAGAUUUGAGUCGUUUAUAUCUAAAUAUUUCCGAUGGUGAAAAUGCUCGAAAAUGUUUCGUAACUGCUGAAACAUUGGAAAUUCAUGCUAAUAAUGCAGAUAAUUUGCAUUCUCCAUUCAGAGAGCAUCUCAAUAUGCUUCAAAGUUCAAAUGGUCUUAUUCGACAAUCACAAAUUACAAAGAAAAAUCAAAUGGAUGAUGAGACAACUAGUACAUGUCUAAAUAUGUUAUCUCUUAAAGAAACUAUUCAACAAAUUUAA